AUAGGUGCACUAUGGCAGAGUCGGUGUUCGGUUGGGAUUCCAUAGCAGAGCGUCUUCUGGAACAAAGAUUUUUACUGUCGGCGCUGGAGCUGCACUUGGAGUUGACAGAGGCUGGAAAAGAGCUGCCGCGCUUGCGCAAUUUUUUUUCUAAUCCAGGAAACUUUGAACGUCCUGUGCAGCUGCAAGUAUUGCCUCGCAGUGCGAGCGUCUCGACGUUUGAUUCGAUGGAUAUGUCGAGGCUAUCAGACGAUGGCAGAGACGAAGAUGACAAGAUAGCAGUGUUGGAGUAUGAAUUGAGGAAAGCCAAUGAGACCAUUAAGAAAUUGAGAGGAAGCUUGACAUCAGCAGCAGAACAAGAUGCUACAAAUUUGUCUCAAAAACGAGAAGAGCAGCCUCUUGAGCAAGACGAAAUGAAGCCUCAUGAGAAGAGAGCUAUAAAUUUUUUAAUCAACGAGUUUUUGUUGACCAAUGGUAAUAAGCUAACGUCCAUCACGUUUGCGGAUGAAAUUAGUGAUCAAGACUUGGAGAACUGGGACAACGUUGGUCUAAAUACUCCACGACCUCCUGAUAUUUUACAUUUGUAUCGUAACUAUGGGAACCAUUUGAUACCUCAGUUAGUGGAUGAAGAGAAAAGGCAAUUGCUGGAGAAGCAUAUGGUAUCUCUAGAUAGCGAACUUGUUGCUGUGAAACGAGAAAAUGAGUUGCUCAACAAGAGAAUUCGAGACCUGGAAAGUCAAGUUGUUUCUGCUAAACGAGAGCUAGAGCUACGAGAUGAUGAAAUAAAGCAUUUGAGAUCUCAGGUUAAAACUAUUACUCGGCUGUCAAGUGAAGAAUCCUCUGACCACCAAUUGAGUAUAGCACGCCAAAGCACACCAAAUGGAGAAGACUCCUUAUCAGUCAGUGAUCUCUCUCCUGUCCGACAACAAGCAGAGAAUGUUAGCAGUGUUAAUUCGGUAUCAAGUAUCAAGCAGGACACUGUCGUUUUGGCAAAUCAAGGGAAAGCCAAUGUGAUAGAACAAAAUAAUCAAAAAUGGAAUGAAAAAUCUGAGUCACAUGAAGACAGUAGAGUCAGUAGGAGCAGACAAAUGUCUACUGCUUUUCGUCAGGCAUUGCUAGCAUCUGUUCAGACUACUCUUAACACUAGACUUGGGCAGGAGGUUGCUCGACUGGAUAAUCGGGGAGAAACACCUGUACUUGUGUUUGGUCGCUGUCUUCCUCAUAUUGUUCCCAAUGUUAUUCUAGCGAAACGGGAGGAACUGAUUCCAGUGUUGUUGUGUACUGUAAGUCAUCAUCCAGAGGCAACAGAUCGUGACAAGCUGUUGAAUAUGAUGUUUAAUCUGAUCAAGCGACCAGGCACAGAACAGAGGCAAAUGAUUUUGAGUGGAUGCGUUGCUUUUGCCAAGCACAAUGGGCCAACUCGAGUGGAAGGAGAGUUGCUGCCACAGUGCUGGGAGCAGAUAACUCACAAGUACAGUGAAAGACGUCUUCUUGUUGCCGAGUCGUGUGGAGCCCUUGCUCCUUACCUUCCAAGUGAGAUUCGCAGCUCGCUUGUACUGUCUAUGCUUCAGCAGAUGUUAGAUGACAAAUCUGAUGAAGUUCGUGCCUCAGUUGUUCGUAGCCUUGGUCUUAUUGUAGCAUUUAUAGAUGAUGAAGACAAAUAUGCUCAGUGUCACGAUCUUGUUCAGUUAGCUUUGAAGGAUGGUAGCAAGGAGGUGGUUUUGGCUGCACAACAUGUUUUGCUGCCUGCUUUUGCUGCUUGGUCUUUUGAAUUGGACUGCCUUGAGGACAAAGUAAUGGGGCCACAGUUAGAGCAACUGAAGAAAGCAGUCGAGGCUGUUGCUGCAAAGUCUGAUCUAGAAGACGUACACAACACUUUGGAAGAGACACAAAUUGUCUUCAGACUAGAGACUUUAUGCAAACUUGUUUCAUGGCAGUUUGCAUCUAUACUUCUUAGUGGCCCAUUGGACACUAGAUCUGGAGACCAACGAAUUAAUUCUGGUAUUGCUGCCUCAUAUCCCAAAGAUAUACCUCUUCUUGACUUGGCUGUAAUUACUGGGAGCUCUGAGACGCUUUAUGAGCUGCAUGCAAAAUUUAUAGAUCACAUUUCUAAGGAGUCUGAGAGUUGGUCUUCGUUAGUUUGGUUUGAAGAGCAGUUUCUACCUCAGUUGUGUCAGAUUAUUGAAAAAGUUGAAUUGACGAUGGAGGGAACUGUGCACAGCUUUAGGGUUUACUUGAAUACAAUUUGCCAGAUGUUUGGACUUGCAUUCAGUCGCUCAAAGAUCAGGACUUUCUUUGAGGAUUUGUUGAAAGUUUCUGAUGAAAAUGCAGUAGCUGAUGGGUCCACUCGUUUGACCACUGCGUUGGUACCAGUCUACGUCAGUGGAGUUCUGGCAGCUUUCAAAGAGGAUCGAGAUGAUUUAGUUCAGUAUCUGCAAAGCACACUGGUUGUGCUUGCUCAGCAUUAUGCUCCAAUAGACAGCUUGAAGGCAACAGUUUUGGAGAUGAGCUCUGAUCCUGUUUACCACGAGGUACUUAUUGGCGUCGUUUGGCAAGUUCUUGUAAAUUCUGCAUUUCAAGUUCGCUGUUGUGCUGCAAGUCUUCUCGAGUAUUUAAUCAAGGGCGUUGACGCAGACUUGAUAUCAAAGAAAGUUGCUCCUGCAUUGGUGACAUUGGCUUCAGACCCCGAAAUGGUGGUUCGACGCUACACUAUACCUGCAUUUGGAGUGUUGGCCGAGUCAGUUUCUGACAGUGCUUUGUUGGAGAAAAUCAGAGUGCAGUUUCAGUUGUUUUUGGAUGAUCCGUUCUAUCAAAAUGAACAUGCUGUGCUGUUGCAAAUGGUCAAAACACUGGGAGACAUUGGACCAAAUGUAGAGCCUAAGCUUAGAGAUGAUUUUAUACUUCCUAGACUAACCGCUAUUGCCAAAGCCAACAAUGAGACAUCAAAUGCAACUCGGAGACGAGAUGUGGCUGUGGAAUUGUUGGAAGGCUUCAAGGCCCUUAGCUGCUGCUUCUUUUCAGAUGACCAUUUGGCAACGUAUAUGGUGCCUGGUCUAAAAUAUCUGCUCGCUGACAUACAAGUAUUAGACCUCCCCGAGAAGGAGACAGUGUCAAGUCUAAUUACUGAACAUGAGUCAAAAAUCGAAGAGAGAAGUCUCCACAGUAGUGACGGAGGGGAGACCUCUCAAGGAGGUGGUUUCUUCAGAAGGUUCAAACCUACGUUUGAGCGACAAACUCGUAACACAGCACAAGGAAGAAGCAAGCGAAAGGUCUCAGAGAUAUUUAAGCGAAAGGGAAAAGACAGCUGA